AUGCUUGUAAGAAUCAUUUGCGGUUUUACAAUUGGAGUUUUAAUGUCUUGGAGACCGAACAUGCCUAUAUUAGUUGCCACAAUAGAUUGUAACAGGCAUAUGAGUUUCGAUUUUCUUAAGAGACAUAUGGCUAAUUUGAACAAAAUCUGGAAAAAUGAAACGACUUAUUAUAGACAAAAAAGAAGAACAGUACACAAGAUGUCAGAACCUGAAAACAGCUUUGGUUCUGAAAAGAUAAUAGUUAUCGUUUUGGGAUCAGUGAUAUGCCUGGUACUGUUGUUGGCAAUUGUUCGAGAAAUGUAUCAAAGCUGUCGAUUUCCUAGCAGCCAGAUACUUGUGAAAGAGACAGAAGAUGUUUAUGCAGUGCUUGGUGACAUUGAGGAAAGAAUUGCCUGA